UGGAUGGGCAUGAUACUCAGGAUGUUGGUCGAUCACCCCCGCAUAAUUAUGAGGAGGAAGGACGUACUGACGCACCCUUCCUCAGUGGAGAUGCACCCAAUAAUGAAGCACAGCGACUUAUGGCAUGCCUACUGUCCGGGAGACACUCCGAGAACGGGGCAUAUCUGCAGAGGGUGCAGACAUCAUCCUGGCCUCCUGGAAACCCGGGACAGCGAAACAAUACAGGCCAUACAUCAGAAGAUGGAUGCAAUUUUGUGAUAGGUGGGACAUCAAUCCCCUUGAUCCCACUGUAUCCAACAUCAUCAACUUUUUGACGGAAACUUUCCACAGGAGAGUGGGGUAUGAAUGCCUCAACACGGCCAGGGGUGCCCUCUCUUCCAUCGGCAUUGUGGUGAAUGGCUGUAGAGCAGGGAACCACCCGCUGGUUAACAGAUUCAUGAGAGGGGUGUUCAAUCUAAGACCAACUAAACCCAGGUACACAGAAACCUGGGAUGUUACACCAGUACUACAGGAACUUAGAUCUAUGUAUCCAUUACAUAACUUGUCCCUCAAAGAACUAACCCUGAAGCUUGUGAUGUUGAUGGCACUUACACAAGCGGCGAGAGUCCAGACUUUACACUUGUUGGUCCUAACAGGCAUUAGCACAGGGGAUGAUUACAUUUCUGUUCAGUUGGGGGGAAACAUUAAACAAUGCAGACCUAACUAUAACAUUCAAAGAGUGAAGUUUCAGGCUUAUUCUAAAGAUGCCAGCUUGUGUGUAUGUAAAACUUUGCUAACCUACAUUGAACAGACAGAGGAACUCAGACAGAUCACCAAACACAAGGUGGAUAACCUACUCAUCAGCUUUAUCAAACCACACAAACCUGUCUCAAAAGACACCAUCGCAUGUUGGAUCAAGAACAUGCUUCACAUGUCAGGGGUAGACACCGCCAAAUUCACAGCUGGCAGUGUUCAACCAGCCGCAGCAUCGAAGGCCAAGGCUAUGGCUGUCCCAGUAACGUGUAUUAUGGCAAAAGCGGGGUGGUCAAGAGAAACCACUUUUGCAAAAUAUGACAAGCAUAUUAUUGCCGAAUCAGACCCAUUCCAGGAAGCCGUAUUAGAAUGAGUUGGGUAUCUUACUACAACAUGUGGGUGGACUUUAUGGGUUACGAAUAGGGCUCAGGCAACUGAUUAAAUGUUAUUUUGUAUUUUGUGAACAUUUACAUUACCAUGUCUGGGUAUCAAAGUGUGGUGCACAGCUAAGGCACAUGGUUUAUUCUUAUUUAUACACUAAGUUUACACAGCAGUAGAUCAGCAUUUCACAAUGGAUGAGCAGUUGUUCAGAUUAGCUGGGUGCUCAUAACAUGUUCU